AUGAGAGACACCAAAGAAGAAGACUGGGAAAGCGACAGAGGACGAAGAAGAAGAAGCCAACCACCGCAAGUGCACCACCGAAAAAGGACAAAGAGAGGCCGGCCUAACAGAGAACAUGGCAGGGAAAGGCAACCGGUGGUCAUGGGGGCAACCCCUUUCCACCACUCGAUCCUUGGAGUACGACUACCAAAGCACUUUGACAAGCCGACAAAUAUGAGGUACGACGGUACCCAAGAUCCCCAGGAACAUCUAACGGCCUUCGAGGCCAGGAUGAACCUGGAAGGGGUAGGCGACGAAGUGAGAUGCCGGGCUUUCUCGGUAACCUUAGCUGGGCCGGCGAUUCGUUGGUUUAAUGCCCUCCCCCAGGGCUCCAUAACCACAUUUGCUGACAUCAGUCGUUCUUUCUUGGCCCAGUUCACCACGCGCAUCGCCAAAGCAAAACAACCGAUUAACCUGCUAGGGGUGACGCAGCGAAACGGUUUGCUAAAUGAAGAUUUCCGAAAACACCUCACCACCAAGCCCAUAUGGACAAUGCAGGAAAUUCAGAACGUAGCCAGGGAAUACAUUAAUGAUGAAGAGGUAAGUCAGGUCGUGGCAGCCAAUAAACGGCAGCCAGCAUACCCUAGUGUCCGCCCAUCCGGUGGCAGUGAGAGGUCCAAGGAACACUCCAGAGACGGAGGAACAGCCAAGACUUUCAAACCCUUUUCCCGUGUUGGGAAGUUCACCAACUACACCCCCCUAGCGGCUCCAAUCGUCGAGGUUUAUCAGCAAAUCACCGACAAGGGCAUCUUGUCAAAGCCCCGACAACUCAGGGACAGGACGGGAGGAAACAAGAACCUCUAUUGUGAUUAUCACAAGGGAUAUGGCCACAAGAUCCAAGACUGCUUUGACCUGAAGGACGCCUUGGAGCAGGCCAUCCGAAAAGGAAAGCUAGCCGAGUUCGCCCACCUAAUAAGGAACCUAGGAGGAGGGACCGGUCAACCGAGGACAAAAGCUGCGCCAUAA